ACUUGUUCGUGUUUCGUGAAGCUACGUCAACCAAGUCGUCACGGAAAAACGUAGCCAUCGUUCAUUUCAUAUUGUGAUUUCAAAAUGUCUCAUCGUAAAUUUAGUGCCCCUCGACAUGGGUCUAUGGGAUUCUAUCCUAAAAAGAGAUCCCAACGCCAUCGUGGUAAAGUUAAGGCAUUCCCAAAAGAUGACCCAACCAAACCAGUCCAUUUAACUGCGUUUAUUGGUUACAAAGCUGGUAUGACCCACGUGGUACGUGAAGCUGACAGACCUGGUUCAAAGGUAAACAAGAAAGAAAUUGUGGAAGCUGUAACAAUUUUGGAAACUCCACCAAUGAUUGUUGUAGGAUGCGUUGGGUACAUUGAAACUCCACAUGGCUUACGUGCUUUGGUCACUGUUUGGGCCGAACAUUUAAGUGAAGAUUGCCGUCGUCGCUUCUACAAGAAUUGGUACAAGAGUAAGAAGAAGGCAUUCACAAAAGCAAGCAAAAAAUGGCAAGACGAUUUAGGACGUAAAUCAAUUGAGAAGGAUAUUAAGAAAAUGGUUAAAUAUUGUAAAGUUAUUCGUGUUAUUGCCCACACUCAGAUGAAAUUAUUGAAACAACGUCAAAAGAAAGCUCACAUUAUGGAAAUUCAAUUGAAUGGUGGAACUAUUGAACAAAAAGUUCAAUGGGCUCGUGAACAUUUAGAAAAACCAGUUCCAGUUACACAAGUUUUCUCUCAAGAUGAAAUGAUUGAUUGUAUUGGUGUUACCAAGGGAAAAGGAUACAAAGGUGUUACAUCACGUUGGCAUACAAAGAAAUUACCACGUAAAACACACAAAGGUUUACGUAAAGUUGCCUGUAUUGGAGCAUGGCAUCCUUCUCGUGUAUCGUUCACGGUAGCACGUGCAGGUCAAAAAGGUUAUCAUCAUCGUACCGAAAUGAACAAGAAAAUCUAUCGUAUUGGACUUGGUAUCCAUACCAAGGAUGGAAAAGUCAUUAAAAAUAAUGCUUCAACCGAAUACGAUUUAUCAGAGAAAUCGAUUACACCAAUGGGCGGUUUCCCUCAUUAUGGUGAGGUCAAUAAUGAUUUCAUUAUGCUAAAAGGAUGUUGUAUGGGACCUAAGAAACGUGUUAUCACAUUGAGAAAGUCAUUACUUGUACAUACCAAACGUGCUGCAUUAGAGAAAAUUAAUCUUAAAUUCAUUGAUACAUCAUCCAAAUUUGGUCAUGGUCGAUUCCAAACGCCAGCUGAUAAAGCUUCAUUUAUGGGACAACUUAAGAAGGACCGUGUUAAGGAAGAAAAAACACCAGCCGGUGGUGCUUCAUCUUAAGUUGAUUAAAAUUAUUUAUUGUAUUUUUUAUUUACAAUAAAAUUUGAAAAACGAA